UGGGUCAUCCAUCCAUAACCGUUUCAUGAUUUUUCAACUUAAAGGGUUCCAGAGUGAGAGAGGACUGUGAGGUGCUAAUUAUGUCUUCCUGGAGUUCUCUUACCAUGGAUGAUUUCGUUGGGCCGCGUUUAUACUGUUGCUAUAAAUGCAGAAAUCAUGUCUCUGCUCAUGAUGACAUAGUAUCCAAGGCUUUUCAGGGAAGGAAUGGAAGAGCCUUUCUAUUCUCUCAUGUGAUGAAUGUAGUUGUGGGGACCAAAGAAGACAGACAUCUUAUGACUGGUGUUCACACCGUUGCUGAUGUUUUUUGCGGCGAAUGUAAUGAACUGUUAGGUUGGAAGUAUGAACGAGCAUUCGAAGCAACACAAAAGUACAAGGAAGGGAAGUUCAUUCUUGAGAAGUCAAAAAUUGCCAAGGAGGAUUGGUAGCCAAACCAGUCCCCCCACAUUCCUUCACACCUUUCACAAUGUAAAUAUGUAAGUCUAUCAUUCUACAUCAUAUCAUCAUCUUCUUUACUCUCUGUACAGUGCAACUCAAAAAAUUGUGAGAUAUACCUUUGUGAAUAUUUCUUUUUUCUUUUUAAUUAAUCUAUUAUCCUUGUGAAUAGCUACAAUCCUUUUUUAUAUUUCAUCUUUAAUUUAUA